CACAGUCAGGUCCACCGCCACCGCCACCGCCACGUGAAACGAUGACGACACCUUCGGGUUCUGCAGUUCGGCCCACGUACGUGCCGCGACCGGCACAUUUGUACUCGGCAGCGCCCGGCUCGUCGCUGUUUCCGUCGAUGGAUCCCUACGGCGCUGGAUCUUCGUCUCUUCGUCGUCCAAUACACGAUUUAGAGUACCGGCAAGUGGGAGGGACAGACGACGAUGAGGAGAUUCAGGAGGUAGACGACCUCUCGCAGAUGGAGUGGGUGAACACGUUCUUCUCUUCUGCACCGACGCAGGAGGUCGUCGGCACUUCACAGCUGGGGGGUGCCCCACUCGCGACGCAGGACUACAGUCAGGUGGAACAGACGCCUGUUCCUGAGCAGGGUCGUCGGUCCACUCGCCAGACCAUCCCGCCGGAGCCACUGACGUACUCACAGCACCACACUAGGGCGGGCCAGGCUGCAGAGCGACGUGGCAGGAGGAGAGGGGGCAAGCGCGGACGCAUCUAGUUUACAGGUUGUAGCUUGUUAAUUAAUUUGUU